ACAGGCUCUCCAGAGAAGGCAGCAGGCCAUCAAACUUAGUCCGAGUCAUCAUAUGGCCAUGGUGAACCUGGGGAGACUGUACAGGUCCUUGGGAGACAACCGCGAGGCUGAAGAAUGGUACAAACGCGCCCUGCAGGUGGCACGCAAAGCUGAGAUAUUAUCCCCUUUGGGAGGAUUAUAUUACAACACUGGCCGGUAUGAAGAGGCUUUGCACAUUUACCGGGAAGCUGCAGCACUUCAGCCUUCGCAAAGGGAACUCCGCCUGGCGCUGGUGAGUAGACGGACUCAAGAAAACAAAGCGGGGAACAUGCACACAUCAGGCAGUAGAGGGCACUGCAGUUAGUGAGCCUCAGAACUGGACCGAGGAUGCUACCUGUGGUAGAUGCAUUUAUGAAUAGCCAUGUAACCAAUGAC